CAGAUGUGUGACAUGAUGACGGAAAUAGACAAGGAGAGGGACAUGUGUGAGGCUCAGAUUGAGAACAGAACGACAGGUUGUAGUGGGACGUGGGACAAGAUCACCUGUUGGCCCAGUGCCGACAUUGGAGAGGUGGUCACCAUCCCGUGCCCGAAAUAUCUCUUCUACUUCUCCAGGGACACUAUCACACGUAACCUGUCAAAGACUUGCACCGAGGAUGGCUGGACGCCGAUCAGCAUAGACUCCUACAUAAUGGACUGUGGAUACAAUCCAAACAACACCAUAGAUGAUAAUACAUCGGGAGAAUUCUAUGAUGCUAUCAAAGUGGGUUACACUAUCGGUCACAGCGUGUCUCUCAUUUCUCUGACGAUCGCCAUCAUCAUACUGUGUCUCUUUCGGAAGCUGCACUGCACAAGAAACUACAUCCACAUGCAUCUGUUUGUGUCUUUCAUACUGAAAGCUGUAACAGUUUUCAUCAAGGAUGUUGUCCUGUAUGAUGUCGGGGAGACGACCAAUUGCCAGUCAUCUGUGGGCUGUAAGGCUGUGGUGGUGUUCUUCCAGUACGGGAUCAUGGCGAGUUACUUCUGGCUGCUGGUGGAAGGCCUCUAUCUCCACGCUCUGUUGGCUGUCUCCUUCUUCUCUGAGAGGAAGUACUUCUGGUGGUACAUCCUGAUUGGUUGGGUGGCUCCAACCAUCUUUAUCUCAGCGUGGGUGAUUACUAAGGCUUAUUUAAAUGAUCCUGGAUGCUGGGAGAUAAUUGAUGACAGACCGUGGUGGAUCAUCAAAACACCGAUUUUAGUAACCAUACUUAUGAACUUUUUCCUCUUCAUCUGUAUAAUCCGGAUUUUGCGACAGAAGAUGAACUGCCCAGACAUCGGAAGAAAGGAAUCCAAUCAGUACUCGAGACUGGCUAAAUCCACACUUCUCUUGAUACCUCUCUUUGGGAUAAAUUACAUAAUUUUUGCCUUCAUCCCUGACGACAUCCACCCACAAGUGAGAAUGGUGUUUGAUCUCAUCCUGGGGUCAUUUCAGGGUUUCGUUGUUGCAGUCUUGUACUGUUUUCUGAAUGGAGAGGUACAGGCGGAGAUUAAGCGUAAGUGGCGCAGAUGGAUGCUGCAGCGGUUCCUGGGUGCUGACACUAAGUACCAACAACCCUCCAUAGGCAGCAACGGCAACAACUUCAGCACCCAGAUCACCAUGUUAACCAAGUACAGUCCUUCUACACGACGGGCAUCUGCUUGUCAAGAGCACCUCUCUGCCAUCUGA